CUUACACCAGAGUUACAUCAGUUACUUUACGAUGGCUAGUGAAGAUAAAAACAAAUCAUAGAAAGUACAAAAAUCAUGUUGUGGGCUGCUAUAAAAUAAAUAAAAUUAAUUCGGAGAUUUCGCAGGGUUUAUUAAUGUUUCGUCCAAACUCAUUCAUAAGGUUUGAACACAAAUCACACACGGCACUCCAUUAAGGUGGAACAGAAAGAUGUCCCAGCAUGCUUUGCUCUCUUUGGGGGCCACAGCAUGGCGCUGUCUUUCCUGCCCCAAGUCUGAACUUCGCCUGGACCUGACACUGGGAUGUGGACAAACUUUCAGAUGGCAUGAGACAGGCGAAGGCCACUGGACAGGAGUGAUGGGAGGACGAGUGUGGACGCUAACUCAGACCAACGACACUUUAUGGUACCAUGUGUACAGACGCCAGGAGGAUCCGGGUAACGCUGAUGGACGGAAAAGGAAAGCAGAGAACUCCCAAGAGUCAGGAAAGAGGUUUAAAGAAAUGACUAAGGUAAAGGUGGAAGAGAAUGAAAAGAGCCUUUGCGUGUCGAACUCCGAGCAGGAUGCCAAAGACGAGGAGAUGUUAAGAGACUAUUUCCAGCUAAGUGUUAACCUGGAAGAUUUGUAUAAAGAAUGGGGUGAUGCAGAUCGACACUUCAGGCUCAUAGGCAACAUCUUCUCAGGAGUGCGCAUGUUGCGACAGGAUCCUGUGGAGUGUCUCUUCUCGUUCAUCUGCAGCUCGAAUAAUCACAUCUCUCGGAUUCAGGGGAUGGUCGAGCGUUUGUGUGGCACACUUGGGACUGCACUCUGCCAGCUCGAUGGCACACAGUAUCACGACUUCCCCUCCAUAGAGGCUUUAGCAGAGAGAAGUGUAGAGGCACAGCUACGGGAUUUGGGCUUUGGCUACCGAGCUCGUUUCCUACAGGGAAGUGCACACCUGAUUAUGAGCUCUCAUGGUCCUAAGUGGCUUCAUGAUCUCCGUAACAUCCCCUAUCUGGAGGCCAGAGCUGCUCUCCUUACACUCCCUGGUGUUGGCCCAAAGGUAGCCGACUGUGUGUGUUUAAUGUCCCUGGACAAGUCUGAAGCCGUUCCUGUAGAUACUCAUGUGUGGCAGAUUGUAAGGCGUGACUACAGCUGUGCUGCAGGAACUAAACAGAAGACGCUGACCAAUAAAGUCUACAAAGAAAUCGGGGAUUUUUUCAGAAAGCUUUGGGGCUCAUAUGCUGGCUGGGCUCACUCAGUUUUGUUCUGUGCCGAUCUAAAAAAGUUCCAGCAGCUGAAAGAAAUCCCAACCAUAAAAGAAGAAAAGAAUCAAGCAAAGCAGGUAGUAAAGAAAAAGAAUACAAUCUGUCAAAAGGCAGGGAAUGUGAAAAAGAAAGGAGACUAAGAUCAGCAGUCUAGUUUACCUGUCUUUUAAACAGUUAUUACUAAAUGACUGGAAGGAAAACCCUGGCAUGAAGUCAGUUCUUAGUCUAAAUGACUGCUUGUGCUGCCAAAAAGCACAUAUUCUUUGUACUGAAUUUUGGUGUUUGAGGAAACUCUAUGUAUAAUACAGCUAUUGUUGUAUGUGGGGAAAAUGAUUUUGUAUAAAAAUGAUCUAAAACCA